AUGACAUCAUCGAAAACAACUGAUUGCGAUUUACGAAAACAAUUUCUUCAAUUCCUUAAUCAACCAGAAUUAUGCGAACAAUUUUAUCUCUAUAUGAAAUCGGAAUAUUUAGCAUAUGUAUUAGAAUUUUAUUUAGCAUGUGAUGGUUUAAGAAAUUUACUUGAUGAUACAACAAAACAAGGUGCUAUUAUACAAUUAAUCUAUAAACAUUAUCUAUCAAAUGAAAAAGAUUUAUCAUCAUCCAAAAAGAAAUUUUCCUUACCAGAUGAUUUAAUAUCAUCAAUAAAGCAACGUUUAAUAAAACAUGAAUAUCAUUUAAAAUUCUAUGAUCAAGCACAAGAAUAUGUUUUAAAAUAUAUGUUACAAAUGUGUUAUCCAAAAUUUCUUAUUGAACAACAACAAGAGAAUCAAAAUAAACGUCAAGCAUUAAGUACAUCAACAUUUAGUCCAAUGCAUAGAAGAGCAGUAACAUUUAGAAAAAAAGAAGUUUUUGAACAAUUCAAACAAAAAUCUCAUCACCGAAAUCUAAAUACUUCUGCUCCUAUCAAAACACCAUCUUAUCCUCGUCAACAGCCAAUCGAACCGAGUUCAUUAGAAGCGUCAACAUUGAUUGCUGAUCAUGAAGCUGGAUUGAAUGUAUCAAAACAACCACGUACAACAAAGUUAACAAAACAAAUGAAAGAUCAAUAUAGUCUUGCUCAACGUGAUCCAGCUGCAUUUUUUGAAGAAAUUAAAAAACGCCUAUUAGCUUAUCAAGCUGAGAAUUCAAGUGCAGCUAAAAUUCGUGGCCUUUCACAAUCACUUAAUGUACAAAAUAAAAUUUCAUGUAGUGAUCAUCGUAUGAUUGAUGAUGAUUCAUUAGCUGUACUGGAUUUUCAAAUUGCUAAAACAAUUGAUGAAGCUGAUAAUAGUUUAUUUGAUACACCAAUAAAACAAACUUAUCGAUAUAAACCAACAUCAAUACCAAAAUAUACUGAGAAUAAAAACCAUUCAAUAUUAGGAAAUAGUUUUACAAGAUCAGAUUCAGGUGUCGGAACAGAUACAUCAGAAAAAAAUUACGAAAUAUUUCGUUGUCAUCGUUUAACAACUGUGGAUGUUGUUUGGUAUCCAUCACUUGAUAGUAGUAAUGCUCUUUUAUCAACUAUACCUCGAUUUCAUGAUCAUUUAACAUUUAAAGACUUUCGACAAUUAUUUAAAAAACAACCAAUAUAUAGAUAUUUCUUUAAAACUACUUGUACACCAGAUAUUAAUAAAGAGCAGUAUGUAUUUCGUGAAUUAACUAUGGAUGAUGAACUAGUGCCAUUUUACGAUGGCAAAAUUUUUGUACAAUUAGAUCGAAUCUCUUAA